CGUUCCCCCGCUCGGCCUCGGAUCCUCCAUUCCCCACAAGCCAGCCGGAGACACCAGCCGGCGGCGAGAAAUCGAAUAGAACGCGCGAGCAGCCGGCGGCGAUGGCGUGGACAGGGACCCUGUCCCGGAGCGUGAAGGAGAUCCGCUUCCUCUUCUGCCAGUCCUCCCCGGCCAGCUUUGCCGCCCGGGAGUUCGUGAAGAAGAACUACGCGGAGAUCAAGUCCCGCAACCCCUCCGUGCCCUUCCUCGUCCGCGAGUGUUCCGGCGUCCAGCCCCAGCUCUGGGCGCGCUACGAAAUGGGUGUGGAGAGAUGCGUGAACUUAGACGGCCUGACGGAAGCGCAAAUCGAUAGGAAGCUGCAGGAGCUCGCCAAGAUCGGAGAAUCUGCCAAAGCCAAGUAAUGUUGGAGGUCCCACAAUCUCUUGCCAUAAUGUUCACAAAAUAAGUGAAACUUUAGCAGUGGGUUUCCUGCUGUCAUGACUUCGGUGCUAAGAAUGAAAUGAAGUCUUGGAUUGUAUAUCUUUUUGUGAGAAAGAUACUGUUAUUCACUUGUUUGUUAUGCAUUCUUCUUGAGUUUAUGCGUAUCUCAUUGGUUCACCA